CGUGACCCGGAAGCUGCGGCGGAGUUUCCGGUCCUGUGAGGCUGACGGUAGCAGAGUCUCGGCGCCGCGGUAGCGUGUUAUCGGUGAUAUGCGGCUGUUCCUGGGCCCCUGCGGGCCCCCGCUGCUCGGCCAGGUCCCCUGCGUGCCCCCGCUGCUCGGAAUGGUCCUGCUGCUGGCCGCGGCCCCCCCUCUCUGGGCCUGGGACGCGGACCUGGAGUUGCUGGACCUGGUGGAAGAGAUCCCGCAGAACUUCUACCAGUUCCUGUCCCUGGACCAGGAUGCGUCUCCAUUAGAGGUGAAGAAGGCGUAUCGGCGCCUGUCUCUCUCUCUGCAUCCUGAUAAGAACAAAGAUGAAAAUGCUGAAACUCAGUUCAGACAGCUUGUCGCCAUUUAUGAAGUCCUGAAGGACGAGGAGCGCCGACGCAAGUAUGAUGACAUCCUGGAGAACGGGCUCCCUGAUUGGAGGCAGCCCGUCUUCUACUACCGCCGCGUGAGGAAGAUGAGCAACGCAGAGCUGUUCUUCCUUCUCUUCCUCAUCCUCACCGUGGGACACUACGCUGUCCUCUGGUCCAUCUACCUGGAGAAGCAGCUGGAUGAGCUGCUGAGUAAGAAAAAGAAAGAGAAGAAGAAAAAGCUAAGCUCCAAACCUCCAGACGAGCUACGCUACGCCGCACACGACAGAGCGUGCGAGCGUCCGCACUGGCAGGACAUCCUCCCUCUGAAGCUCAGCAUCUGGCUCUACCUGUCCAUCAAGCACCUGCCCCACACCAUCCAGGAACUGAAGCAGUACUAUGAGGACUACCAGCAGAUGAAACAGCAGCAGAGAGAAGAAGAAGAAGCAGAGCAGGAAGUUGUCACAAGGGAGCGGCGUCCAAAGGUAAAGAGGGUGAAGCUGGAGUUCCCGGUGUACGAGCUGCAGACGGACAAAGUCCAGCGGCACCAGCAGGACACAUCCAUCGAGGACAUUGAGGACCAGAUGGACGACUGGCUGCAGGAACGCAGGACCGCCCGCAAGAAGGCAGCAGACUGGACCAAUGAGGAGAUCAGCCUCCUCUGCAGGUUGAUGGUUAAAUUCCCUGGAGGAACUCCAGGUCGCUGGGAGAAGAUUGGUCAUGAGCUGGGGCGCUCUGUGAGCGAUGUGACGACUAAAGUCAAACAGGUGAAAGACAACGUGAGCCACACCUCAGGUAACCCAGGUCUGGUGAAGCUGUCGGAUCUAAAGGGCCCUCUUCCUCCCGUGAGGUCACUUCCUGUCACAGACAGCGUGAUGACUCAGCGAGGGGGUGGGGCCUGUGAGGAGGAGGACGAGCAGGAAGCAGCGCUGGCUGUCAGGAAGAGGAACAGGAAGUCAGCGGCGGACGGAGCGGAGGGAAAGGUCCGCGGUCGGCGGCAGAGAGACUUCGACCCUGCGGCGGCGGCGGCGGUGGAGGAAGAGGAGGAGGAGGAGGGUGCGGGGGGGGAAGGGGGUGCAGAGCCUCCGGAGAGCCCCGCUGUCUGGACCCAGAACCAACAGAAGCUGCUGGAGCUCGCUCUGCAGCAGUUCCCCCGAGGAACCGGCGAGCGCUGGGACCGCAUCGCCAAGACGGUCCCCGGGAAGACCAAGGAGGAGUGUAUGAUCCGGUAUAAGAUGCUGGCCGAGCUGGUCCAGAAGAAGAAACUGGCUAAAAGCUGAUUUAAAGACUCCGCCCACUGCUGCUGUGACCUCUGACCACCUUUUAUUUUCCUGCCUCCUGAUUGGACGGAAUCAGAGUUGGGUUGUUGUUUUUUAAUGUGUGUUUUGGCUGCUCAGGUGUUUCCUGAAGCCUCUGACCUCACAGCUGCCUGUGCCUUACACCUGUCUGUCCCUCUCUGUCUGUCUGGUUGCCUGUCUCUCACUCUCUGUCUCUCACUCUCUGUCUCUCUCUCU